CCUAGGUACCUUCCUUCAUCAUUUCGAAGCUCACUCACGCCAACACAUCUAACGACGUCCAAGGGAAUACAGCAUGGCGACGGCCGAGGUUGACGGCACCGUCUCAAGAUGGAAAUAUUUAGAUCGAAUUCGCAGGACCCCUGGCCCCUUCAAUCAAGACUCCGAAAUCAGCGAAGAAGCUCUCGCAGCGCUGGACCAGGCUAAGAUCUUGGUCAUCGGUGCUGGCGGUCUUGGAUGCGAAAUACUAAAGAAUCUCGCCCUAUCUGGCUUCAAGGACAUUCAUGUCAUAGAUAUGGACACCAUCGACAUCUCGAACCUCAACCGCCAGUUCCUCUUUCGCAAAGACGAUGUGGGAAAGUUUAAAGCCGAAGUUGCCGCAAAAUUUGUCGAGAAGCGGGUCAAAGGCGUUAAAAUCACACCUCACAACUGCCGAAUACAAGAAUUUGACGAGGACUUUUACAUGCAGUUCCAGAUUGUUGUAUGCGGUCUCGACAGCAUCGAAGCGAGGCGAUGGAUCAACUCUACCCUAGUGAAUAUGGUUGAUAUAGAAGAUCAAGACUCUCUGAAACCACUCAUCGACGGCGGGACGGAAGGAUUCAAGGGCCAAACCAGAGUCGUGCUACCCACCAUAACACCAUGUAUUGAGUGUCAACUAGAUCUGUAUACUCCAAGAGCUGCGGUUCCCUUAUGUACCUUGGCUACUAUCCCACGGCAACCAGAGCACUGCAUAGAAUGGGCCCAUAUUAUCGCGUGGGAACAGGAGAAGCCAUUCCCAAGCCUAGACAAGGACGACCCUGAGCAUAUCACCUGGCUCUAUCAGAAAGCCCUUACACGAGCCCAGGAAUUCGGUAUCUCUGGUGUCACCUAUUCACUUACACAGGGCGUCGUCAAGAAUAUCAUCCCGGCAAUAGCGUCCACUAAUGCCGUCAUUGCUGCCAGCUGCUGCAACGAAGCUUUAAAACUCGCCACCACGGCAGCACCCUGUCUUGGGCUCCAGCCAGAGAGCUACAUGAUGUAUUCCGGUGACGAUAGUAUCUAUACAAACACAUUCAAGUACGAGAAGAAGGAAGACUGCGCUGUAUGCGGCAACUUAGCCAAGCCGUUGGAGGCCGAUCCUGAUUGGACACUCAGAGAGCUCCUCGAUUCUUUCGCGAUGAAAGCGGAUCUUCAAUUAAAGAAGCCUUCCAUCAGAGCCGAAGGCAAGACUCUGUAUAUGCAAUUCCCCCCAAGCAUAGAGGAACAGACACGGCCGAACCUAGAUAAGACCCUGAGGGAAGGCUUGGGCCUGCACAAAAAUCACGAAGUUGUUGUAACGGAUCCGGCCUUCCCGGCGUUGCAUUUUAGAUUUAUUCUCCAGUUUACAUGAGCAAAGGAGUUUCGGGGAAGUUAUACCAGAGUCCAUACAUACCUAGAAAGAUAGGCAGGACCAGACCUUGUUUAAAGUUGAUGUGGCUGUUCAUAAGUUGAUUCUCCCCAGUCCCAUGAUUAGCAAU